AUGUGCAUGAAUUUGUGCAUGCUUUUCCAAGUUUUUCUCUGAAAAUUAUUCUCAGUCUGUUAUUUUCAUUAUUCUCUACCAUUCGUCUUAAUAUUCCUGCUUCUGAAAUGCUCCAUAACUGGUGACAUUAUGAAAUGUUCAUAAUUAUCUCUCAGAUUUCCGCCUGACCUCGUAUUUAUUUAUGAACCCGAGUUUCAAGUUGUGGAUCAAGAAUAACGAUGCCAAAAAUCAAGACGGAGAAGAAAAGCCGUCAGCAUGCUGCUGUUGUGAGGCAAGGGAUCCUCUUCAACAAAGAAUUUGGUCAACACAUCCUCAAGAAUCCUCUCGUGAUUCAGGGAAUGAUAGAUAAAACAGCUCUGCGACCCACGGACACGGUGUUGGAAAUUGGACCUGGUACAGGCAACAUGACAGUGAGAUUAUUGGAAAAGGCGAAGAAAGUUAUCGCCUGUGAAAUUGAUACUCGACUGGUUGCUGAAUUACAGAAGCGAGUGCAAGGAACUCCAUAUCAAGCAAAACUUGAAAUCAUCAUAGGAGAUGUUAUCAAGAAAGAUCUUCCCUUCUUCAAUGUCUGUGUUGCGAAUAUUCCGUACCAAAUAUCAUCCCCGUUAGUCUUCAAGCUUUUACUACAUCGACCUUUUUUCCGAUGUGCAAUUUUGAUGUUUCAACGAGAAUUUGCUCAACGACUUGUUGCCAAACCUGGAGACAAAGUUUAUUGUCGUCUAUCCGUCAACACGCAACUUCUCGCCAGAGUUGAUCUCGUAAUGAAAGUUGGAAAAAAUAAUUUUAAGCCACCUCCAAAAGUAGAAUCUAGUGUAGUUAGGAUAGAGCCCAGGAAUCCGCCACCACCAAUCAACUAUCAUGAGUGGGAUGGUUUAACCAGAAUAGCGUUUUUGAGGAAAAACAAAACCAUUGCUGCCGCAUUCAAGCAGACAGCUGUGUUAACAACUCUAGAAAAAAACUUUAGGAUACAAGCUUCAUUGAAGAAUUUGGAUAUCCCAUCUGACUUAGACAUGAAACAGAAAGUAGAUAAAAUUUUAGCGGAAUCAAACUUUGCAGAGAAACGUGCCAGAUCUAUGGAUAUUGAUGAUUUUCUAGGAUUACUUCUUGCAUUCAAUUCUAAUGGUAUACAUUUCACUUAGUCAGGUGGCAAAUUAUUUCAAAUAUUUUCUCGACUCUUUGGGGAACGUAUGCCAUUACGCUUCGCUCCUGUUUUCAAGAUGCAGAAAUACGUUUGAAUAGUACAAAAUCUUUAAAAAACAUCAAUUGUGAUCCGUCCAUCAUUCAUUUCAAUGAAGUAGGGAUUUGAUUUAUAGAACUCAUGGGCGUGAUUCAUCAAUUUCUUAAGUUUUAAACUUCAGACCAUCAUUGCAAAGUCAAUUAAAGGCAAUGAUAAUCCCCGUCAAGAAUUUUUCAUCGGAACUUUGUGAAACUUGGGUUUUGGGAUUGUUUAAUGAAAACCUAACCCAUGAGGAGUCAUAUUAGUGUUGAUUCUCAAGAGUAACCAGAAGACUGAUGGGAGUUGUAUACUUUCAUACUUUCAGGUUUCUACGAUGGUUUUUCCUUUUUUGCCCCCAUGAUAUUAUUAUUAAGUCAGAAUGAAGGAAAAACUAGAAGUACUUAUGUAUGGACGUAAUUCUGCCUUAAAACGAAAGUUCUUUAAUAGUCCUGGCAGGAGGGACAGCAAUUUCUGAGAAUUUUAAUACAUUUUUUCAGAAAUCUACUCAACUAAUGAUUGGCAGUAGAAGGUAGAUCCUCCAAUUAUCGAUUUUCUCAACGUUUGAGAAUGAAAGGACGAAAACACUUUGAUUUGAAUCGUUUGCUGGAAGAAUUAAUCACAACUUUUCAUUUACUCUAAGUAAUUUGUGUGAUUUUGCCAAUGUGCUCAUGUAUACAUAUAAGCUGAUGUCUUGCAAUGAUUGGUAAGAGAUUGUCUCGCCUAAUCGGCAGCCUGCAAUCAUAACAAUAUCUUCACUUUGUCAGCGUUAGAAGAAUAUGUUUCUCUUUUUGAUGGCAAUGCUUGCUAAAAUACCAAUCACUUCUGUGAGAACUCCAUAUUUUGUGAAAUUAUUUUUACAUUAUUUUGUUCAAUAAAAUUAUUAUUCUUCAACUACC